UUGCUUGGUAACCGCGCCCCUCCAUGGCUGUAGCUCAGGGACCAAAGACGCUCUGGGAGCAAAUCUGUGCUGAGUACGAAGCAGAGCAGCCUCCAUUUCCGUAUAGUCCUGAAUUAAAACAAGAUUCUGUUUCUUUGGAUACAGGAAUUUUGCAGCCUUUACAUACAAAACAAUUAUACUCAACUUCUACUGAAUGUUCCAUUGCCCAAAAAAUAUCUUCCUUACCCUCGCUCGCACCGCUUCCAGCAGCACCUAAUCCAAAAACAUGUUCUCCUCGAGAAUAUUUGGAAUAUUACAUAUUUCCAAUACUUCUGCCGGGAAUGGCUGAACUUCUGCAUCAAGCAAAGAAGGAAAAGUGUUUUGAGAGAAAAAGGACCAAAUUUAUCGCCUGUGAUUUUCUGACUGAGUGGUUAUACAACCAGAAUCCAAAGAGGAAAGAUGAGCCAUUCACAGAAUUCUUCUCUAUCCCUUUUGUGAAGGACUGGCUAAAGGACCACCCUAGACCACCAAUUCCUCUGUCUCUCCUAUUAUCAGAAGAAGAAGCAUGCAAAAUAAUUCAAUCAUUCUGGAGAGGUUAUCGGGUCCGCUGUGACACUGAGGUACAAGAACUGCGGCAAUGGCAAAAGCAAUUGAGAGAGGACAAGAACAUUAUUAAAAGAGUGCAAGAGUUCUGGACUAAACAGGAAAACAAAGUGGGAAGCAAAUUAGACUCAGAAGAACCUACACCAGAUCGUUCUGGAGUUCCGAUUUUGUUUGUUUCACCAACACCGCAAAAUACAGAGCUCAUGGACUGAGUUUCUUGUAUGGUUGGUUAUCUGAUUUGGAAAUUCUCCUAGAGUUACAUACUUGAUGUACAACACUUCACAUAUUAAAGCAAGAUGGGCCACAUAAGGACCUGGUUCUACAGUCAUUCAGCACAUCAUGGGCAAAAAUUCAGCCCUGGCAUAAGUAAACACUAUGAAAUCAGUGGAAUUGUGCCCACUUAUAACAAGAGCUGAGUUUAGCCAAAGGUUUCAUGCCCCAUCCUAAACACUCAGGCAAAAGUUUCCAGCUAGAUAGAAAACUCCCAUUGAAAUAAAUGGCAGUUCUGUCCAUACAAGAUCUGGGUGUAAAAUGAAAGGGCAGAUUCUCAGCUACUGUAAAUGGGCAUAGCUCCCUUGGCUUCAGUGGAGCUAUAAUAAUUUACACCAGCUAAGAAUCUACCCCAAGGGCCCAAACUAUCAGAUAUGCUGUGCAUCCACAACUCCAGCUGAAGUCAGCGAGAGCUAUGGUUGCUCAACACUCCUUAAAAACAGUCUGAGGGCCUUGUGUUGUCUCUUGUCUGUGCCAAGAGAGUAUGAUUAGAGCAAAAUGGUAGCAAUUUAGGCCCAUUUUUGCAUAGGUAUAGGUAACUACAGAAAGUGCAAGGCAAUGGGCAUGCAGGCCCUUAAGGGCCUCAGUUUGCCCCACUAUCUAUUUAGUUUCCCUAGUGGAUACGUCAUCGGUGGGCCUUUUGCACCAGAUUGAAUGUCACAUUUAGAAAAGCUAUUUACAGAGUUGACAAAUUUAACUCUGACAAAUCUCUGACUUAAAUGGUGCUUGAUAAGAUGUAUAGUCAAAACUAAUAUUGGUACCAUUUCACCUAAUGUCACCAACUUGGUGGGAUACUCCACAGGCUAAUUCUGUCUCUAAUAUCAAUAGGCUAUGGGGUAUUUAAAGAUUAAGGUAAACUAUAACUCCAAGUUACCACAAACCUUGUAAGUAAAUAGUAAUGCCUUUAUUUUUUUGUUAAGAACAGCAUUUUGAAAAUAAAACAUUUGCCCAUGCUUUACAACCUUUUUAAUUUUGUAUACUUAUAUACAGUCAUUAUGGUACACAUUGAUUGUCUUGAAAAUCCUUCAGAGGUGUACUUAAGAUAUCAGUAUGCAACAACCAGCGGAAAAAAGGGUACGUUAUAAAACACACAUUAAUACAUUUAAUAAAUAUAUAUUAUCUAUCAAAAAUGAGCAUUAGCUCUCCUCAAUUAAUAAAAAGCACCUGCUGGGUAAUCUUGUAAGCUGGUAGAAUAGUCCAAUUGUUUAAUUAUAAAAGUUACAGUGCUCCCUUUUGCACAACCUUUGGUUAGACCCAAGGCAUCAAACUCAAACAUAGCCAACCAUGAUACCUGUCUGAUACGAAAUACAAACUAGCUAGCUCUGCAACAGUUGACAUCUACCUUAUUUAUAGAAACAACUGUGUGCACUUAGGGCUCCCAUCCUGUAAGGUGCUAUACUUCUCCUAGGAGGUGGUAAGCACCCUCAACUCCCACUGCAGUUGGGACUGGGUCUUAAUGUAUGGCUGUGAACUACUUUCUAGCCAUUGAAUAGAAGCCACUUCCUACAGAAAUGUUUUCUGUAACAAAGUUUUAAAAUGUUUUAGGAUUUCAUUUUUCUGUAUAGGUAAGAGCCAGAAGGAAAUAACCAUUAUUAAUUUUAAAAGGGACAACAUAGUAGCUUUUAUAGUAUAAAAAGCUAAUUAUAACAAUCCUGAAAGAUUUGUGUUUACAGUUACGUAGUACUUUGAUCACAGAUGCUCUACAUUCUAAAAGGCAGAAGUAAACAACUUGUUUACAUUAAUAAAAAUAAAUUAACACAAAGGUGCCUUCAGUCACACGUUAUUUGGAGCAUUUGGCAUUAGACUAUCAAAUGGCAAAAAUAAGUUGCUUAUUCUAGUUGUGUGAAGUUGGAAAAUGAAUGAACUUCUUCUAAUCAGUUAACACACCUCCGCCACUCCAAAUUGCAGACCCAAUCCUGCAUGCUAUUACUAAUGUGAACAGUCCUAACUCACAUGACCACUCAAUGGAACUGAGGCUUUGUCUACACUACCAAGUUUUGUCGCCAAAAAGUGCCUUUUGGCAACAAAACAGAGAGUGUACACACUGCAAUGCGACUUUUUUUUCGGGAAAAACACCUGGUUUCGGUGACAAAAACCUUCCACCCCUACAAGAGAUUGUUUGUUUUUUCUUUUCCCCUUCCUUUAUUGUCAAAGAGCCAGUGUAGAAAGUGCUGUUUGUUUUGUCAGCAGAACUGGCUUCCGCCAGUAUCCCACAAUGCCUGCCCUGAUCGCUCUGCUCAGUGUUUUGAACUCUGCUGCCCUGCAAGUAUGCGCCCCUUCCCUUUCCAAGUUGCGGGAAGUGUGCUGCUCCCUGUGGGGAACAAAGAGCAAAUCAUUGGAAUACGCCUGUUCUGCCCUGCACUAGGAACACUGGGGCAGGCAGACUGCUGCACUGCUUUGACAUUCCUCAGCAUGGAGAGCUCACAGAGCUACUCAUGAUGCUGCUCCCGGCCGCUGAGGGAGAACUCAGAGGGAAUCUUCCCAUGAUGUGCAGCAAUCAGUUCCACCUUUCCACAACACUGUGCAUUGCUCGCACUGUCGAUGAUGGUGCCCACAAUGUGGACAUGAUCUGUCGACGGAGCAAGUGUGAACAUCCUUUGGCGACUUUUGUUUUGUCGACUUUUGAGUGUCGACAUAAGUUUUGUCAACAAAACUUGGUAGUGUAGACAAAGCCUAAUUUAGGGUUGCCAACUCUGAAGCUAUUCCGGGAGAUUUCCCUCUUUCCCCCCUCUCCCCCCACCCCCAUGAUGUGAUGUCAUUUUGUUAAAAUCUCCUGGAUUGCUUUCAAUAAUCACCUGGAGAUUGAUGCCAAUUCCGGGAGACUCCAGGCCAAUCCUGGAGGGUUGUCAACCCUAGACUAAUUAUGUGAGCAAAGGUUUGCAGGAUCUGGCCUGGUCCGCGCUUAGGGCCUCAAAACUCCUACUGACUUCCUUUGGAGCAGGACUAGGCCCUUACUUUGUUAAUCCAUUCCCAUCUAGAAAACUGAACACCAUGUAAAUGUUUACAAAAUAACUAUCCUGGAAAGAAUUUAUCCAAGAUCUAUAAAAUGCGUAUAGUACUGAAUGUAUACUUCUCAGCUGUAGCAUGAUAAAUAUUUUAAAAGAAAGCUGCCCUCCCAUUUAUGCCAUGGUCAUCUUAUACAUUUUUACAAUAAAGACCUUUUCAGAGAAUUUUACGUUUUUUAAAUUGACGGUUUAAAAUGAAACUUUUGCAGACACACAUCACCACUAGGUUUUAUAUUACUCCAAAUUAUGCAGUUUCUGGGAUAGUAACCAUUAAUUAUCAAAAAUAUCAUUUUAUCUGAUCACAACUUUAACAGCUAGAGGUACUUCUAGAUUACUGGAUAGCAUGCAAUAUCCACCUCUAGUCUACUCAGUUUCUUAGACAAUCUAGUUACCUAAACAAGAGACUAAAACCAUUUUUUUCUCUUAAAAGCAAGCACAUGCUUCCACUUUGCCUCUGUUGGGAACAUCAGACAUGGAUCUAACAUGUUCCUUUAAUCAUGCAUGACAGAAAAGUAUGGUUCCUGAACCAGAAGGGCUGUUAGAAAUAAAACCCUAUAAGGUGAUCAUGGCAAGAAUGGCAAAAUAUAUCUUGUGUGUAAUGCUUAGGGCCUGAUCCUGCAGCCCUUACACCUGUGAGUAGACCUAUUGAUGUCAAUGGGAUCUACUCAUGUGAGUACAAGACUACAGGAUUAGGUCUGUUUACUGUAGAAAUGAGGUACAUGAAGAAACAGGGAGCCUUUUAAAAAAAUAAACAGCUUAUUUUUCUUUUUGCA